AUGGCUCCCGUCGCAACCUCCACCUCGUACCAGCCGCAGGCCUCGUCCAAGGCUGACGCUCAGGCGUCGUCGUCGUCGUCUUCAUCGUCGUCGUCGAGACGCUCGCAGCGCAGCGACAACUCGGACCCCUACUUUGGCCACCGAGACAUGGCCAUCCUGUGCGAAAAGGUCAUCAAGACGCUCUUCGCAUGCCCGCUCGACGCCACUGGCCCCGGCGUCAGCGCCCUGACGUCGUCUGGCAAGCCCACCCCUCGCCUCGCCGAGUUCAUCGCCUACGCCCUCUACCGCACCCGCCUGCCCGUCUUCGUCACCCACCAGGCCCUCUACCUGCUCAAGCGGUUGAAGUCGCGCUUCCCCGCCGCCAGGGGCUCGUCGGGCCACCGCCUCUUCAUCUCGGCCCUCAUGCUCGCUAGCAAGAGCAGCUGCGACGACACGUACAGCAACAAGAGCUGGGUCAUCGUUGGCCAGGGCCUCUUCAGCCUGCGCGAGAUCAACCAGAUGGAGCGCGAGCUAUUUGGCUACCUCGGCUACAAGGUCAACGUGGAGCCGGAGCUCCUCGACGCCUUUGUCCACGACCUCGACCUUGGCCGCGUCGUCACCGCCCCCGAAGGCAGCCAGCUCUCCUCGCCGCUGCCGACGCCUCCGCCCAGCGCCUCGGAGGAUGCCUUCGCCACCGCCGCCGCCGCCGCCGUCGCCGCCGGUACCACCAAUGUCGCUUCGGCACCGGCUCCCGUCGGCUUCGACUCGCCCCUCUCGGACUCGAUGGCCGGACCUCACCGAAGCAACAGCGCCGCCUCGAUGCGACGCACCCACCCUUCGGCCGCCGCCACUGCCGGCUUCAACACCCGCGCCAGCUUCUCCGGCUACCUGCCCCAGGCCGCCACCGCAGGGCCCUCGGCGGCGGCGGCAGCCUACGCCGGCGUCAGCGCCUCGGCGCCCUCGUCGGUCAGCAUGGCCAAGAGCGCCAGCUUCCGCCACGACAGGCAGCACUCGGGCCACCUCAAUGGUGCCGGCGCACAGCAGCCUUUUGUCGCCCACCCGCGCGACCGGUGCCGUCCCUACACGAUGCCCACCCACAGCAUGCCCCUCUCGGCCGCCCAGGUGCCGCAGCACGACCGCUACUACGCCAACUCGCCAGCGGCGUCGUCGGUGGCCUCGUCUUCGAUGAGCUCCUUUGCCGGCUCCUGCCCCGAGUGGAGCGUCAGCCGCAUGACGCCGAGCCCGACGGCAUCGCGCCGAUCCACGGCCAGCGGUGGUCGCCUCACUCCGGACACGCCGCCCUCGGACAUCAACGACGACAGCCCGUGGCAGGAGGCCUACUCGCCCUGCUCCGACCCGCACUGCGCCUCGCCCAAGAGCUCCGCCGCCCACCACGGCUACGUUGCCGGCGCCGGCGUUGCGGGCUACCACCUCCACCCGCAGGCCAAGCAGGCUGCCUACGCCGCUUCCAUCUCGCACCCGCAGCCGCAAGAGGGCGUCGCCGUCGCCGGCAGCAUCGACUCGCACCUGCACCCCUACAACUGCUGGAGGGCCUAG